AGAGCGUGAAAGAGUCAGCUGGAGAGUGGGUGUGUGGGGUUAAGAAGAGUCACUCCCUCCUCCUCCUCCUCUCCCUCACUUCUUCAACUCUUCCUUGCAUGUAGGAGUCAUUCUGCCGUGGACUUGCAGGAGUGUCAGUAAUCCCCUCAAGUGGAUCUUGAAAUUCUUCCCCUUGAUUGAUUUUUUUUUUUCAUUUUUCCUGGGAUUUCUUGUGUUUGCUGCAUGGAGGAAAAAAGAACACUUCAAGCCUAAACAUAGUAAGAGCUCUGUGGACGGUACCAGCUGCUGGAGGUUCAAACUGUCUGGAAAUCCAGUGACACAAUGCUUGGAAAAUACUUACGAACCUGCAGGCUCUGAAUCAUGGGAAAUGUUGAGAGCCAAAACAGGGACCAUGUCCUCUACAGUAACGGACGUGGCUAUUUGUCCCGCAAGCACAUGUCUCGGUCUCUUCGGAUCUCCAACAAGCAGUCCAGACGCUCUCGCCACGCUUCGUCAGGAAAGAUAGAGCACAGGAACUCUGAGACGAGCACACGCUCCAGCAGCACGCCCAGCAUCCCGCAGUCCGUGGCCGACAAUGGCUUGGAGCCCUUCAACGAGACCAAUGUCCUCCCGGACUUCGGAAGCCCCAUUUGGGUGGACCGGGUGGCCAUGAGUCUCCGGCCCGUCUCCUUUCACAACGAUCUGGCCAAUCCCUCGGUGCAGAUAAACACCAUGCACAUAACGCUGCCCGGCCCCACCGCGGAGGAGGGGCAGGACGACGACGUUUACGCCACCGAGGUGAAAUACCUCCAGAAGACGAUGGACUGCUCCAAAGAGACCGUGAGCUUCAAAAAGAGAUCUAAAUCUGCAGACAUGUGGCGAGACGAUAGCCUGGAGUUCUCACUGUCCGACGUCAGUCAGGACCACCUGACCAGCACGGAAGAAAUCAUCGACAUCGCCAACGAGAGGGACUUCACGGACCCCGCCGAGGCCUCGGACAGGGCCAACUCCCUGGACGAGCUGUACAGCAGCACGAGCCCCGCCCGCAGGCCGCCCCACGCCCGCUACGCCAAGUGGCACAACACCAACAGGUCCUCCCGGGAGGGAGAGGAUGCUAAGAUGCUCUCCCCGUCGGAGGAGGACGGGAACUCCUACGGCGCGUACACCCUUCCCUGCAGACGUUCCCACUGCCUGUCCGAAGGCCUGGGCAGCAACCAAACCCCCACGUGUGCUAGCAUGCAGGGCAGGAGGGCACAGACGAUCCAGGACGUCACGGCCGGAGAGGGGAGCGAAUAUGAUGACAGCGGGAUCGACGGGGCGAUGGUGGAGGCGGAGCACCAGUCCCGGCGCUACAAGACCAUGUCGGCCUCCUUCUCCGUGUGCUCCAUGCACGGCAGGACCCUGUUCGCGGGGAGCGACAGCGGCAGCAGCGGCGGCGGCGGGGCCAGCGAGUGUGCGCAGGGCGUGUACGAGAACUUCCGCCAGGAACUGGAGAUGAGUUCCUGCCAGACGGAGAGCUUGGAGGAGGCGAGCUCCGCCCUGAGCGACGAGCAGAGCACCAUGAGCUCCGCCUACCAGUCCGACCUGCUGCUCAGCGUCGUCCAGGGGAUGGUCCGCAAGGCCGGCAGGCUAUCCGUCAAGAACUUCCUCGUGCACAAGAAGAACAAGAAGGUGGAAUCGGCCGCAAGACGCAAGUGGAAGAGCUACUGGGUUUCCUUGAAAGGAUGCACGCUUUUCUUUUACGAGACUGACGGACGCUCGGGGAUCGACAACAACAGUGUUCCCAAGCAUGCCGUGUGGGUAGAGAACAGUAUUGUCCAGGCUGUGCCAGAGCAUCCCAAAAAAGACUUUGUGUUCUGCCUCAGCAACUCUUUGGGAGACGCAUUUCUUUUCCAGACCUGCAGCCAGACGGAGCUGGAGAACUGGAUCACAGCCAUCCACUCAGCCUGCGCCGCUGCCGUCGCCCGCCAGCAUCACAGAGAAGACACGGUCCGGCUGCUUCGGUCCGAGAUCAAGAAGCUGGAGCAGAAGAUCGACAUGGACGAGAAGAUGAAGAAGAUGGGAGAUAUGCAGCUGUCGGCCGUCACCGACACGAAGAAGAGGAAGACCAUCCUGGAUCAAAUCUUCUUGUGGGAGCAGAACCUGGAGCAGUUUCACAUGGAUCUGUUUCGCUUCAGAUGCUACCUGGCCAGCUUGCAAGGAGGAGAGCUGCCCAACCCCAAACGCCUCCUGGCCUUUGCCUCUCGUCCCACCAAGCUGGCGAUGGGCCGGCUGGGCAUAUUCUCAGUCUCUUCCUUCCAUGCACUGGUGGCUGCUCGCACAGAGGCCGGAGUGAGGCGGCGUGCUCAGGCCAUGUCCCGGUCCUGCAGCAAGCGCAAGAGCAGGUUCUCUUCCCUCUGGGGUCUGGACACCACCUCCAAGAAGAAGAACAAAGCCCAUCCAACAGUCAGCCAGCAGGUCUUUGCUGAUGGCGAAGAACCAGAGAAAAAGCCAGCAGAUGGGAUAUAUCUUGAUUCCGUCAAGGAAAACUCAAAAAGCGAGGAGGGAGCUGUGAAAAGUCUACCGCGACCCAACGCCGAGAGUGACAUCUGGGUCCCUGACCACCUCACGCCCUCCUGGGUUUGCCUGCCAAACGACCAGCCCGUCCUGACCAUCAUCCAGCCGGGGGAGUCUGCCCUGUGGGUCCUUGAGUCCAUCUGCAAGGCUCAUGACCUCGAUCCAACCAAACACUACUUGCGACUCAAAUUCCUCAUCGAAAACCAAGUGCAAUUCUACAUUCCCAAACCAGAAGAGGAUGUGUGCGACUUGCUUUACAAAGAAAUUGAGCUCUGCUCCAAGAUAACAAAAGUAAUCCAGUUUGACAGAGAUGAAUCCUGCAUGAUCGGCUACGGUUUCUCCAUUUCGGUGGUGGAGGAGGAUGGCGUACAGCAGCUCUACAUCACUGAUGUGAAGGCCGGGGGAUUAGCCUUUGCUAAAGGUCUGAACGCCGGGGAUGAAAUUCUGCAGCUGAACGGAAAAGACUCUCACAGUCUCAAUUUCUCUGACAUGAAGACGGCAUUCUCCCAACCCUCGCUGGCUUUGACUGUCAACACCCUGCCCUCAGUCGAGCGCCGCCAGCUUUGCUACCUGCCACCGCGCCGCUCGGAUGCUGCAGAGGAUCUCUACACUGACAUCUUUUCCCAGAGUCAAGAGGAAAUCCUGGACGUGGGUGUGGGCGUUCUGAUCGAGAGCUCGGGAGACAGCCUGGAGGACGACUCCGAGACCUUCAGCGAGUUCGAUGAGUGCAGGAAGAGUACAGAGCAGGUCGCCGCUUUCUGCCGCAGUCUCCAUGAUAUGAAUCCCUCGGAGUGCGUGUCCUCUUCUUCGCCGAGCCCGGACUCACCCUUUCCACCUUCCACAACGCUCCGGCAGCUGUCUGAUGCCGACAAGCUCCGCAAAGUCAUCUGUGAACUCGUGGAGACGGAACGCACAUAUGUCAAAGAUCUCAAUUGCCUCAUUGGGAGAUAUUUAACCCCACUGCAGAAAGAGACGUUCCUCACUCAGGAUGAGCUGGAUGUUCUGUUCGGCAACUUGGCAGAAAUGGUGGAGUUUCAGGUGGAGUUUCUCAAGACCCUGGAAGACGGGACCAGACUGGUUCCAGAUUUGGAGAAGCUGGAGAGAGUGGAUCAGUUUAAGAAAGUACUCUUCUCUCUGGGAGGCUCUUUCCUCUACUAUGCAGAUCGUUUUAAAAUCUACAGCGCUUUCUGUGCCAGCCACACCAAAGUCCCAAAGGUUCUCGUUAAGGCCAAAACUGAUCCAGAUUUCAAGGCCUUCCUCGACGAGCGUAACCCCAAGCAGCAGCACUCGUCCACCCUUGAAUCGUACUUAAUCAAACCCAUCCAGAGGGUGCUGAAGUACCCGCUCCUUCUGAGGGAGCUGCACUCGCUCACAGAUCCAGAUAGUGAGGAGCACUACCAUCUGGACGUUGCCAUGAAAGCCAUGAACAAGGUCGCCAGUCACAUCAACGAGAUGCAGAAGAUCCACGAGGAGUACGGAUCAGUGUUCGACCAGCUCAUCACCGAGCAGAGCAGUGAAAAGAAAGAGGUUGCCGAUCUGUCGAUGGGCGACCUGCUUCUCCACAACACUGUGACCUGGAUCAACCCACCUGCUUCCCUGGGAAAAUGGAAGAAAGAACCACAGAUGUCUACAUUCGUGUUCAAAACAGCAGUGGUCUUCGUAUGUAAAGAAGGCUCCAAACAGAAGAAGAAAAUGGGUGGCUCCCACCGAGUGUCCGUGGCGUCGGAAGAUAAAGACCCUUUCCGAUACCGACACAUGAUCCCGACAGACGCCCUUCAAGUCAGAUCCCUGGCCAAUGCAGAUGGCGAGGGUUCUGCUGUGUGUGAGAUUGUUCACACAAAGUCGGAGUCGGAGGGGAGGCCCGAGAGGACGUUUCACCUGUGCUGUAGCUCUCCAGAUAGCAGGAAAGACUUUCUGAGGACGGUCCAUUCCAUCCUGAGGGAGAAGCAUCGCCGGCAGCUCCUGAAAACAGAGAGUUUACCCCUCAACCAGCAGUACGUGCCAUUUGGAGGAAAAAGACUCUGUGCCCUGAAGGGAGCCCGUCCAGCCAUAAAUAGAGCCGCAUCAGCCCCAUCCAGGACACUAGGCAGAAGAAAGUUGGUGCGCAACCGUUUCACCAUCGACACGGACAUCGUUUUUGACGGGGACUUGGAACAGCAGGAGCCCGCAUCGCCGCAGGAGUCCGACUCAAAGACGCAGCAGCGGCAGAAGGACGAGACGGACCAGCGGCAGCAGGCCGACUUAACGGGGGACACGGAUCGCUGGGUGGAGGAGCAGUUCGACCUCGAGGAAUACGAAGACCAGGAGGAAGUGAAGGAGACGGACAUCCUGAGCGACGACGACGAUGACGAGGAGUUCUGCCGGGAUCCCAGAGCGAGAGACCUGGAGGGCCCCAUGACGGCUCUGUCUUUGGACGGUGCAGAAACGGAAGCGAGCGAGAGCCUUCAGUCCCCGACCGCCAGCGAAACACCUGAGGAUGUGAAGCCGUCCGCCACGGAGGAGAGAGCUUCAGACGGUUCUGUGGAGGAUCAGCGUAAAACGGGGGAGGGUGAGAUCUGGGUUCGAAGGGAUCCGUCCGAGUCGUGUCCAGACCGCGACACAUGAAAGCUGAAGGGGGGGGCGGCACGCACAGUAUUCACCCAGCCGGCGUUAAGAUCACUCAUCACAAACAAUGCAUGAUCAUUGAUGUAUAUCGCACAGUUAGUAGAAGAAACGUUAUAUCCUUCUUAACCUUACUAUUGCUGAAUGCUUUUUGAACAGGUAAGGUCAUUUGUGGAGCAAUAAAGGAACCGGAACGAGGGCGCUUCAUCUCAGAUCGGAUGCUGUUUCAUAAAUGUCGUGUUAACCUUUGACGGAUGAAUUAACGGUACAAUCAUGGAAUCUAAUCAGUUGCUUCGAUUGGCAUGGUUUGCACAUUUGGGCAGCAUUUUAUAGUCCUGCCUGCUGUUGCCAAAUUUGAGUAUUGUCAGAACAAUAUUACUUGUUUUGUUGGUGAAACUCAGAGAUAUUAUUAUAGUUAAGGGCUGUAUAAUAUUCGUCCUUAUAAACAUAGAAUAAUAAAUUGCAAUUGACAGUCUUGUCUUGCAUAGCGUACUGUAGGCUACGUGUACAGUUUCACAUCAAUACACACUGACUUCUAUUAUGAUUUGGAUUUCAUGUUGGUUUUUUUUUUACAGACUAAAAUAAAGUCUGGAACUUUGUUUUGAUUUCUUUUAUUCAGUAACACAUUUGUGUAAUAGCCCUCACAGAACUGAAAUGAGAGGAUUUUCCUUUUGUUUUUAAUUUAACAAUCCUGUUUUACUUGAAUUUGCAUUUGCUGUUUCAUGCUUUUGUUACUGUGAAACUAUUUUGUUGAAUUUGACCUAUUUGCUCUUGAGUAUCACAUACACUGACACGUCACACGCACACUGUAUUGUAGAUAAGUUACACAUCAGCUUCUUUAGAAGGUCUUGUGUGCUCUAAAAGAUUGUUUACUUGUAAUGCAGUGGUUUUAUUUAUUCAUAUGUAAAUAAUUUGUUAGCAACAAACAUGAGUUGUUUUCUUUUUUUUUUUUUUUGUUGGUUUUUUUUCCCACAAAGAAAGUCCAAAUUUGCUCAUGCAAUCAAGGGGAAAGACUUAGGAAGAAGAUCCCAUUGUGCUACUAAAGCUACAUUUUUAUUACUGUGUAUAUAUAAAUGGAUUAAUAUCAUAAUAAAUACUGUUGUUUCCUACUUCUGCUUCAAAACGCCUCUCUGUAAUGAUUUAUUUGUCAUGGUUUUGUUCAGCGGCGUACUUCGUUCCUGCAAAAGAUAC